CUAAAAUGUAAAAGCAUUCGGAUAUCAAAAUGAGAUUAAAAAAAAUUGGAUAAAAUGGGUCUAACCUGGUCAAGGUAAUCAGUCUAGGAUAGUGUGGUGCAGUGGUGCUUUGGAAUUUGAAAAAAAAAAUUACUCCGUAUGUCAUUUCACAUCUGCUAUCUUUGUCAUCUGAAAAGUGAAGAAAGGGAAGAUCGUGAUUUAAGUUCAGCUCUAUACCCGUAAACUCCUCUCUCAUGGGUCUUGAGAGCGGGACAUAAGAUUGCCGAGUGGCAAAGGAAGGGAUCAGAAGCUGUGCAGCAGGCGAGCGGGAGUGUCGGACUGUGGGCGCCGCCGCUAUCAACAGUUCAGCUGGGCCGUCAGGGAGAGUAGCCGGGCCGCCAGGCUGACGCAGGCGGCAGAUGGCACGAUGCGACACAGUGGCGGUGGACAGCAAGGGAUGGCCAACAAGGCGACUGGCGGACUGGUGGCGUCUCUGCGGCUUGCGGACUUCACAAAGAAGUAGACGGAUACCGUUUCACUUUGUUUGGGGUUUCUGGAAUCAGCGUACAAGUGAAUCUAAAAUUCUGCAGGGCCCUCACCAUCAACGUUAGAUGAACUGUCCAUGUCCGCCGAAGAACUCUAAGCCAGAAGUCCCUAUUUCUGUUGUUGCAUUUUCUGAACUGGAUUUAGGAGCUUGAGUUCACCGAGGGAAGAACUCAAAGCCUAAUGACCUUGAUUCAUUCUUUCUAGAGGAGAUGGAUGCUUAUGAGUGGUGAACCGAUCAGCUAGACAAUUGUAUGGUUGAUACUGCGAACGGUUAACAGCCUCUCGCCAUGAAAUGUCCAUCACGAGCAGAAGUUCAAUCUGCCCACCAGGUGCUCACUCGCUUGCGAGUGUUCCAGCCUUCCUGGAAUCAAAGCUUCUCGCGUAUGAAGAGGAUAGGACUACCCCGUGCUCGAUGUUGAGAUAUAAGCGUGUAGCUGCCCGGAAGUUGACUGAGUUCCUUGUAUUUAGAAUCAGGGAUGAUCCCUCGUUUGAUGAUAUUUUUCAACAUAUGGAACCUGCUGCUAUGAUGAGGAGUGCCUCGAGUAUUUUAAUAGGCUACUGGGCGAAUGAAGAAGCGAUUCUUCCAUUGGUUUAUGCAAUGGGAACUCGUGCUUUUGGAGUGAAGAGAUUUGGCUCAGGAGAGGCUUGUAUUAGUAAUGUAAAGGAAAAGGAACAUGAUCUUGUCCCUGGAGAAGAGAGACCUGUGAAUAAAAUUUGCAUGGAGUCUCCAUCUUGCACUAUCAUUGCUGACCUUUCUCAAUUUCCAGAAGCAGUUCUCCUGGCGGAAGAACUCCUGGAAUCUCUGAAGGAUGCUGUUCCGUUAAGACUCCCCCCAUAUCUCCACUAUCUUGAAAGGCAUAGAUCUGCAGCACUAGGAUUUUGGUUUGCUCCUGUCAUCAUCCUGCACCUAAUUAAGGAAUUGAAAGAGGUAUUUCUGGUUUCUUCAUGUUUAUUUCUGCUAAAAAACCACUCUAUAAUUGAUUAGCAUCCUUAACUAACCCUUCAUUUAACAGUCCACUGCACUAUUCAACACUCUUAACAAGUACUCCCUCCGUUCCGCAAUUAAGUUACCACUUUUCUUUUUGGGCAGUCCCUAAAUUAAGUUCACACUUUCUUACUUUCCUUAUUUGGCAAAUUAUCUACAUCAAAACAGUGUCAAACAGUGCAAAACAGUGUCAAACAGUGUUGGAACAGUGCAAAAUAGUGCACUCCACAGUAAAGUCAAAUUUAUUUUCUUAAUAUGUGUGAAGUCAAACCGGGAAGUUAAUUGGGAGACUGAGGGAGUAUAUAAAGGGAGCACAUCUUUUACGAUGUCAGGAACGAAUGACUCGUAUACAAAAAGAUCCCUUGCUGGGAAUCUGGGAUUGAUUCUUGAGAGCGAUAAUGUUAUUAAGAUAAGGUUUGUAUAUGCCACCCCUGCCCGCCAAGAAAUGCAUGAUUUAUCAUGUUGUGGAUUUAUUGAUGCUCUCUCUAAGAUAGGAUGAAAUGUGAUUGGUAAUUGAUAGUUUGUUAGGUUAUGUUUCAAGUUUCAUAUGUCGGUUUGUUGACCAAACUUGUAUUAGAUCAGUCCCCAAAAAAUCACGUUUGACCAAUGUGUUUAUUGUACUUUUCGUGUCAUACAAGUGUACAACUCUCAUAAAUCAUGAACCAUGUUUAUUUCUUUCAAAUCUAUUUGUUGGAUCAAGUAUCCUUAACCUAUUGUGUGCGCCUUUUUUCACAUUUUUGGCGAAUUACAAGAAAAAAUGUAUGGAGUAUUUGUUUGGUUAAAGUUGAUUCUUCUUUGGAGACAAAAAGUUCUUGAACCAUGACUCUUGUUUACUGGACAUGAGAGAGUAGUGGAUAUGCAAAUGACAGAAGAUCUGACAAAAUUGUUUUUAUGCUCUAGCCCACUGUUUUAGUGUAUUACAUGAAAUGGAUGUAUAGACCCUCUAGCCUUGGCAUGUCUUUGCUUUUGAAACACAUGUGAGAACAUUUAUAUACAUACAUUAAUUGGUCUUCUUUCUCAAUUCUGAAUUGCACAUUGGUGUUGCAGCAACGUUUUCUCCAUUAAGACAAUUAUCAUCAUUAGUUUCAUUACUGAUAUGUACUUUAUGUUUUCGUUUUUUAGGGGAGCCUUGAGUAUUUUAUUCGGAUACUGGAGUGAUAGUGACGUAUCUAUGCUGGUUCCAAUGUUAAUUUCUCUAAAAAAUAGAAACAAAAAAUAUUACUAUGCUGGUUCCAACCGUACGAUUCAGUUGAGUCCUUUGCCUUUAGGUCCAACAAAAAAAAAUUUCAAAAUUCGGGUCCCAAAGUCAUAAAAAAGGUCAAACAUGACAUUUUGGGGCUGAGGAGAGUGGGAGAGGGUUUGGUAUACUUUCUAAUAAAUUACAAAAGUCUAACAAAUAUUACUACACAAAGUUUCAUACCAAUUAAAAACUGCAUGAAUGAAUGAUUUUCCUAAGAGCAUAAUAAAUUAGAAUAAAAUCCUGAAAGUUGGAAGGAACACUUUCCUUAUUUCUUGAAAGUGUGGAACAAUUCAAAAUUAUAUAUGAACAAACACACACAUAUAGGCAGGCACGUACUAAAUUACUAAUCAAUAUACCUCUUGUUUAUGAUCCAUUUUCUUGGUCAACAGAUGUAACAUGUCAGACAAUAUAAUGUAAAAAAAAGAAUGCUGAUUAAACAUGCUUCAAAUUGAAUAAAUUUGUUUUUAUUUAUAAAAACUAUACAACUUGUACUCCAGGCUUUGACGAGAAAACUAAUAACAGUGUAGGCAAAAUACUAGGUUUGUACUUUGUAGUGAAUAUUUUAACCAUCUGAUGCACGUUUUAUUAGUAAACUAAUGUUGAGUAACUCUGUCUCUGUUUUCAUGUUAUAGGAAAAUGCUUUGUAGUGAAUAUUUUAACCAUCUGAUCCUACUGAUUUAUGAAAAAAUUAUAUUUAAAAUACUUGUUCUUAAUAAAUAAAAUAAAAAAAUAUAAGAAAAAGGAGCUCAAAUGAUACUUUACAGUAACUUCAGCCAAUACAGCCAGAAAAGUAACUUCAACUUUACUUUUUCUUAUUAUUACGCAAUUCAACACUGAUUUAGUUUAUGAUCCAAUCACGAAAAGGUAAUUGGAAUGAGAUUAUUUGCAGAAUCUCAAUGAUCCAAUAUUCUUUUAAGCAAGAGUCUACUUUUGAUGCCACCCGUGCUACAGAAGGUUAUGAUGCUUUUGUAACUGGUUGGCGAGAUACCUUAGGGGUUGGAAAGAGAAUUGUCAAUACAAAUGUACUCUCUAAACCUCCUGCAAAUGAAAAAAAUGCAAAUACAUACAUGUGAACUUUUCUUGUGAACAAAAUGCAAGAUAAUACAAUUGUGUGGGUAAGUUUUAAUACUACGACCGGUACUUGAUCGGUAUUAAGAAUAGUGUUGGGGAUUGGUUUAGCCUAGGAGAAAGCCAAGUUGACACAGGUGACUCACUGCACUACCAAUAACGGUUUCUCAUAAAAGUUUACUAAGUGCAUUCAAAAUUGCUUCAUUGGAUGAGGUUCCAAAAGCAGAGAAGCGAUAGUUUUUUAAAUCAAAACUAAAAACGAAUGUAGAUUUAAGUAUGCAUCGAAAAAAGAUAGUAGCCAGUCUCAUCAUAAUCAUCAUGGUUUUGCAAAGCAACCAGAUCAAAUUCAAUUAGAGGACAUAUUAUGCACAAUUAAGAAAAAAGUGGGGGUGUUUCGGAGGUAUUUAAAGACAUGGGUUCUAAGUGACCUGAUAAGUUUUGGAUGGAUACUUUGGUCGAUAAAUGAAACAAAAUAUCAUAGAUUCUUAUUCAAAAUAACAAAGUGUGGAGCAUACCAGGAGUAAGAGAGUUUGAAUUUAAAAGUGCUAUGUUACAACAUAAAAGUUGGAGCAGAAAAUAGGUUGCUUGCUCCAGUUGGAGACGUACAAGGGGAAAUUGGGAUCAUUAAGCUGGAACGGUUCGAGGCCGAUGAAGAAAGCAGUUCUAGAGAGAAAUCAAAUAAAAAAAAAGAGACCAAAAAACUGCAAGAUAUCAAGGUAUAUAUUUUUCAAAUUUUGUAAUUACAACCACUUCGUAUUAUAUUUUACUAAGCACCGUAAACUUAUUUCUAUCAUUUUUUAAUAGGUAAAAGCUCAAGGGUGAAAUAGAUCGGGUAGUUUUUCUAGGAAUUAGUUGUGUUUUUCCUCUACAGUAAUGUAUAUAUGUUUCAUGCAUGGUUUUGAUGGGGUUGUUUCGUAAUGACUUAGAAUAUUUUGCAGCUCCAGUUGACUAAACUAGCAAUAGUCAUUGAUUCCUUCCUCUUAUACUGUAAUUGUUUUUUGUGCUCUAGAGGAAAAAAAGAUUUGAGUCCACAUGCUGAGGCAUUGGCUUACAAUAAAUCGUUCUGGCGAAAACAUGUCCAAAAAGAAAGAGUUUUUAUCUUUUGAUAAUGAUACUAACUUCACACUAUUGCUAUUACGAUCUUAUUAUGAAGCAAAUACCUUUGAAGUUUCACACUAUUGCUAUUAUGAUAAUGAUAUUAACUUCACACUAUUGCUAUUAUGAUCUUAUUAUGAAGCAAAUACCUUUGAAGUUUCACCCAGAAGCGAACACACUUGUUUUUGCAUCAACCUGCACAAUCUCAGCCCCUUCGAUUACCCGAUGCUUAUCGUCGUUCUCCGCAAGGAACGACCCUUUUUUCUUGUGGGUGGUCAUCAUUGUAUGAUGCCUUUAAAUAUAUAAAGCAUGCGGGUCAUUGUUUAUCCAUCCACAAAUGUAGGCACAUUUGUUCCAACUUCAGGAGUUUGUAGGCAAAAAUCAUAAGGCACAAAAUGCUAAUUCAUAGUGGGUCUACAAAAAAUAACUUUAGUUGAACCGAUUUUAUUUUUCCUAUAACCAAAGUGUCGAAGAAAUUGACUCUCUCCUACCGGUAGGAAAAGGGGCUACAAGGGUAAAAUAAAUCUUGCAGCUGACUGUACCGUGCGCACAGUACAGUCGGGCUUUUUGUUCGUUGUGUACUGCGCGUUGUCCCUUGGAUCUCCGCCUCCACCUUGAAACUCGUCUCUUCCUUGCCGAUGGCCUUCGCUCGUCUCUUGGUUCUGCGCUAGGCAUGGACUCGGGCCGGGCCUAGGCCCGGUCGGGCCGCCGGUUUGUAACUCAUGGCCCCGGGACCGGCCCGAGGUUUGGACGGGUCCGGUUCGGGCCGGGCCACCCGCUCGGGUCCCGGGUCGGGUCACCCGCCAGGCCGGGCCAGUUAAAACCAAUUUUUUUAUAAUUUAUACUUUAAAGUUUUAUACAAGUAUUAAAAACAAACUUCAAGUGCAUUUAUUUGAAAUGAAAUAGGAACUACAUUUAAAAAUUAAGAGAAACAUACAAUAUGAAAUACAUUUUGUAAAUUGUAAUCAAUCGGAACUUCCCGCACCUCCCGAUCCUUUGGUUUUGUCACAUGACCUAAUAUGCUUCAUUGUCAUCCCGUAUUUGCUUGGAACCCCCAUGCUACACUUUUUCCCGAAUCAUUUGCAAGUUGCGUAUCACAUCCCGAUCCUCGGGUCCUGCUUACCAAAAUUAUACCGUAUAACGGCAUAUUGACUUUCCAUCUUAAAAAUGGUAGAUAUAAUUAUUCUACAAUAGAUGGAGAUGAAGAUGGAGAUUGGAGAUUGGAUGUUGGAGAAGAUGUGUAUAAAAAUGUUAGAAAAUAAGAAUAUUUAUAGAAUUUUUUGUACCCCCACCCCCUACCCCCAACGGGUAAUCGAAGGGACUAGGAUUGUGGAAGCUGAUGCAAUAACAAGUGUGUUCGCUUCAAAGGGAAGCAUACAAUUACUUCUCAGGGCAGAAGAGUAGUAAUGGGAUUCAAGUUCUUUAAGGGUAGCAGCAGCCUCCUCUCCAACCCCAGCUAAUACCCGGUCAGUCUUCUCGGCAAGUUGGUUGAAUUCUUCAGUUCUUUGCUCCACAUGGUCGUUUAAGGAAGCAAAUCCAGAAAAGAUGGCUGUUUGUUUCAACUCCGAAACCAACUUUAGCAACGAGUCAGCUGCCUGAACCUGUGUUUAUUCAUUGAAGAGAUCUAGAACAACCACAUGAAUAUUUGAACAACAAAGAAGAAAAUCCACUCAAACCAAGCAGGGUUUAUAUUGUGCCUACAAAACUUCAACUAUGCAAAAAAACUUGAUCUGGGAAGAAUUAGAUUCUCACCCGUGCAAUGCACGAGAUUUUUUUAGUAACUAUGUAUUAUGUAUUAUUAUUUGCUUAAGAUAAUAAUAAUAGUACAUGAUAGUUUUGAAACAAAUGCAAUGUGUAAAUGCAUUGAAAGAAAGUUUAAUAAAUAUUAAGAAUUUAUAAACUAGAAGAGUCAAAUCAUAAUGUUGAUGGUAAAAGGACGGACGGUAGUCAAUAUUACAAUCAUAACGUAUUAUCAAUUUAUCAUAAAUACUUGUAGUUG